AUGAACAGAAAGGGCCUUGAGACGGCUUCGUACGGGCUCGUAUUCGGUAUGAACACCUUCAUCGCACUGGUACUGCAAUCGCUUCUCACGCUCGUCGUGGUUUCCUCCGUUGGCUUCGCGUUAGCCAUACGACCACAGUUCUUGGUAUAUUCUGGCUACCAUUUCGUGGUCGCCUCGCUAUUCGUCAUACCAAUUCUUCUUCGACUUUAUCGGUAUUUGAGAGUAAGACUAUGUCAGAAAGACGGAAAGAGCAUUGUUUGA